AUGGUUCGGCGGAAAGACCUCGGGCUGCGUAAGGCCGCACCACCGUCGGCUCCCGCCACACCCGCCACUCCCGCCACUCCCGCCAGCCCCGCGCGGAGCGGAGGUGAACGCCUCGGCCCCGGGCCCGCCUCCCGCAGCCAGGCGGCCUGUGAUUGGCUAACGGCGCUGCCCAUCGAAAGGGGCUGUGCGUCGCGCUCAGGCCAGUGUUCUCAUUGGUCGCGAAGGCGGCGGCGGCGUGCGCCGUCCCGGCAAGGAGGGGAAGCCGGUGGCGGCGGCGGCGGAACGGGCGGAGGCUGCCGGUUUCGUAAUCGUCGCUCCUCCUCGCUGACUCGCGGGCUGGGAGGCCUGGGUCGGGUCGGGCCGCGCCGCGCGGGGCCG